GUGUUGUUGAUUUCGCAACACAUUUUUUCCAGUCAAACCACUCAUCCAACUCCACAAACUAGAUCCUCUUGAUCAAAGUACAAUGUAGUUAUAAGAGGAGGACUUGAGGGCGGUGGUUUGGUGUCCGAAUAGAAAUCAGCUUCUUCCUAAAGUAACAGAGCCGCGUAUUGGCUAGGUGGAAAGUGUCCUACUCACCCAGUUGUAGAACUGUUGUAGGACGUUCAAGCUUUUCACUAUGGCGUGCGUUGGUGGUUUUGGACUAGUGAGGCAGUUCCCUUGUGCACCAGCCAAGCAGUUGGUGCUCAGCAGCCUUAGAUCGAGCUUACGUCAUUGUUCAUCUCGAACAGCUCACAUCCUGCAUGCGCCACCUGUAGCAAUGGAGAGACUAGAAGACUGUCGCAACGCCGUCGCACAGGAUAUUAAUCGAUUGCAUGGCAGUAUACGAGAUGAAAUCUCAUCCAAGUUAUCAAAUUUAUCCGAAGUUAGUCAGUAUUACUUUGAUGGUAAUGGCAAGCACCUGCGCCCAAUGAUAGUGUUUCUCAUGGCAAGAGCAUGUAAUCAACAUUCAUUGGGAAAGAGUGUACUGCUAGAUCACCAAUACACUGUUGGACUGGUAUCAGAAAUGAUCCACACCGCUAGUUUAGUCCACGAUGAUGUCAUAGACAACGCUGAGUGCCGGCGGGGCAAGCCAGCCAUCAAUAAACAGUGGGGAGAGAAAAUGACAAUAUUGGCAGGAGACUACAUUCUAGCUCGUUGUACUCUCGCUCUGGCCAGGACACGUCAUCCAGAGGUUGUAGAACUGCUCUCCAGGAUCAUUGAAGAUCUUGUACAUGGUGAGUUCAUGCAAUUAGGUAAUCGUGAAGAGAACACAGAUCGCUUUGCUCACUAUCUGGAGAAGAGUUUCCGCAAGACGGCGUCACUGUUGGCACACUGCUGUCAGGCCGUGGCCCUGCUCUCCACACACGCUGUGGAGAUACAGCAGGCAGCUUACUCAUUCGGUCGACAUACCGGUCUGGCAUUUCAGAUCAUCGAUGAUGUACUGGAUUUCAUUUCCACCACUGACACACUGGGCAAGCCAGCAGCGAAUGACUUACGCCAAGGCCUGGCCACGGCGCCUGUGCUCUAUGCUGCUGAAGAGUAUCCUGAACUGAAUGAUCUCAUCAUCCGAAGGUUCUCUAUCAGUGGUGAUGUAGAGCGAGCACAGGAGUACAUAGCCAAGAGUCGUGGCAUAGAGCGUAGUCGUGAGUUAGCCCAGCAGCACUGUGAGCAGGCACUGACAGCACUCCGACACCUAGACGCCAGUGAUGAACGGCAUGUACUGCAGCACAUCACCGAGGACAUUCUACAUCGCAUCAAAUAGUCACGCUUGUGUUAUGUGAUCACGUCGCCGCUGCCACCGGCUCAGGUGUAGUACGUUACUGUGCUCUGGCCCUCAGCAACUGCAGCAACAGCAGUGGAAGCACCAGCAGUAGCAACGACAGCAUGCCCUGAGCACUGCUGCUAGACCCUGCCUGUAGGCCAGGGUCUCGGUGCCAGUUUGUCCUGCCUCGGUGCUUCCAGCUCGCGCCAGCCCGUUCAGAGAUCACAGUGAUUCAAAAAUGUUUCAUUGUGCAUUCACAGGGCGACCCAUCGUGUGUUUGUGUGCACGCAUACUUGUAAGUGCCCGUGCAUGCACACAUGUGUGUGUGCGCGCGUGUGUUUGUGUCAAACGCAGGUAAACUAUUUCUGCAUUGCAACACAUCAUGUGACCCCGCGGCAGUUGGUAUGGUCCCAUCUCAGUUGUGGUGGUUUACCAGUGUAGCUGAAGAGCUAUGCGUGGUGCCGUGAGCCAGUAUUGACUGGAGCAUGCACUGCUAUGCAUGGUGUUGUGAGCCAGUAUUGACUGGAGCAUUCACUGUGUGCAUUGGGAUCACAGGGCUCCAGGAUGAAUCUAGCGGUGUCGCCGCCGAGUAUUGAACAUUGGGCUUUCAUGCUCUCUCCCUCUCCUCUCCUUUUUUCUCUCUCUCUCGCUCUCUCUCUCUCUCCCUCUCUCUCUCUCUCUCUCUCUCCUCUCUCUCAUCAGCUUAACUAAUUAUCCUAUAUUGUUUUGACGUCACUUUGACAGUGACGUACAUGUAGUAGAUUUCCAUUUCAAAGUUCAACUGACAUCAUGCAAUCAUGCGACAUGCCAUCAUGCGAUCAUGCGAUCAUGCGAAUAGACGUUUUUUUUCCAUACUGAAUAUAGACGAACACGUUUAUGUUGUUCUCUUUCUCCGGUGACUGUGUCAGCUAGGAAGCAAUCCCUACGGCUCUGCGUCACGGGUAUUUAUUGAUUGAUAUUUUUUUGCCCCUGCCUCAUAGAUCAAGACCUCCUCGAGAGUAUUCAAUUUUAAUCUCCUUGCUUGUUUUUAUUGCUAUCUCAAUCCGGGUGCAGUGCAAGCACGGCACACUUUACCAUUGUUACUUCCAACUCUUGUCUCAUCUUCUCUCCAGCAAAGCUGCCGCUGGCUUGGCUUUAGA